UUAUUUGAUAUUUUAAGCAAUGAUUUGGUGAAGGACUUCUGGGACAUUCAAAAACUCAUGUCACCAUUUCAUCCUGAAUUCCUGGCAUUUUUCAUUUUGCUAAUUCCUAUCUAAAUCACCUAUCUUCUUUCCAGGCACCACCUCCGUGGAGCUUCCGCUCUGGGUUCGAGGGGUGUCAGGUGCUUGACGUCAGCGGCCUCAUGACUUGGGACUAGCCUCGAAGAGCUUCAGCAUUGCUGUCAUUCCAGCCUGCGGUGGCAGAUAGGACACCGACAAGAUGUCCGGAGGGAUCUUCUCGCCUUUGGAUAACUUGUACGACCCGGACAGCGCCAAUUGCCACCCGCUGGUGUGCCACCUGUGCCAAGAGCAGUAUGAGCAGCCGUGUCUACUGGACUGUUACCACACGUUCUGUGCGAGCUGUCUGCGGGGGAGAGCUGUGGACAGCCGUCUGACCUGCCCUCUCUGCGGACAUCAGACGAUCGUGAAAGGCAUCAGCGCGCUUCCUCCGGAGGACCGUCUGCUCAAGUUCCUGGUGGACAACUCAGCUGAGUGUGAGGAGACCGUUCAGUGUGCCAACUGUGACCUGGAGUGCAAGAAGCAGGAUGUGGAUGCAAUGUAUUAUUGCAACACUUGCAGCCAGCCACUUUGCCGAGAAUGCAGGGAAGUCACCCACAAGGCCAAGAUGUUCUCCCGCCACGAGAUCGUUUCCCUGGCCAAGCGCACCAAGGAGGUCCACAAAAAGUGCUCUUUGCAUGAAGAACUCUACAUUAUGUUCUCCACAGAGAAGAAGUCAAUGCUGUGCAUCAACUGUUUCAGAGACAUGCAAGUGGAGAACCGAGCGCACUGCAUUGAUAUUGAGACGGCGUAUAUCCAAGGCUGUGAAAAACUGGACCAGGCCGUAUUAGCUGUGAAGGAGCUGCAGAGUUCGGCACGCGAAGCCAUCGUCCUGCUCAAGGCCAUGAUUGGGGAGGUGCGGGUCAACGUGGUCGAGGAGGAGAGCGCCAUUAAUACACUCUUCAACAGCAUGCAGGAGAAACUGGCAGAGAGGAAGAAGAUUCUGUUAAAAGCUGCUCAAAGCCAACACGAGGAGAAGGAGAGGGCUUUCAAAGAGCAGCUUUCACACCUGGCCGCCCUCCUUCCCACACUGCAGGUUCAUCUUGUCACGUGUUCUGCCUUCCUCAGCUCAGCUAACAAGUUUGAGUUCCUAGACAUGGGAUACCAACUGAUGGAGAGGCUCAAGAAGAUUGUGAAACUGCCCCACAGACUGAGGCCGUCGCAGAGCAGCAAGAUCAACACGGAGUACCGGUCCGAGUUCGCCCGCUGCCUGGAGUCUCUGCUGCACCUGGGCCAGCGGAGGUCCAUGUCCACCUCUGGAGGCAUUUGCGGCUUGAGCCUCGGGAAUGCCUGCGGGCUACUGCAGUCCUCCCUGUCGGUGCCCUGCCACUCUCCCUCCAUCAGCGACAUGUCGCUCGGCUCCCCGGCGGUCCGCAAGCCCACCUCCCACCGCUACAUCAGCACCAAGGUAUUGCUGGCGGAAGGUGGAGAGACCCCCUUCACCGAGCACUGCCGCAAUUAUGAGAACAGCUACCGCACUCUCCAGAUGGAGAUCCAGAAGCUGAAGGAUCAGGUGCAGGAGAUGCACAGGGACCUGACCAAGCACCACUCCCUCAUCAAGACUGACACCAUAGGGGAGAUCCUGGAGAGGGCCCUGCGAGUGGACGGCCGCAUCACGUCCCAGUACUCUGCAGUGGAGACCAUGAGGACCAUGUUUGAGGAGAUUUGGGAGGAGACGUUUCAGCGUGUCGCCAACGAGCAGGAGAUUUAUGAAGCGCAGCUCCAUGACCUCCUGCAGCUGAAGCAGGAGAACAGUUACCUGACCACCAUUGCCAGACAGAUCGGCCCCUACAUCCGCUCCAUAGCCAAGGUGAAGGAGAGGCUCGAACCCAGGCUGAAGGAGUCAAAGGACCUUAAAGACGACCGCACCGAGACCAUGUUGAACAUCUACGAGGACGGCACCAUAACUGCUGAUGCACAACUCAGAAAUGACCUGGCCUGCACUGCGGAUGACAACCGAGACAAGGUCCUGGACAACCGCUCCCUCAACAUCCUGUCUGAUGACCCUUCGCUCAAGAGCAAGGACUACUUCUGGCCCGGGAAGCAGAAGAACGGUCCGGAAGGGCCUACGCGCAAGGAGAUGCCUUUAUAAACCAGGUGGUGGGCUCCAUUCAUCCAGAUGACUUGGGAGACACCACUGCAAUAGAGGUUCUGGGUAGACUAGUUACCUUACAUAGUAACCAUCAUAUGGAAGAGAUUCAAGGGACACCCAGUCCAACCGACAGGGAACAACAUGAUCGUUUCCAUGUUGUAGAUUUCCCUUCCAUGUUGUAGAUUUCCCUUCCUGUGUUGUUCUGCAUUCGUAAAAUGAAGAAUUAGUAUCAGCACAUGAACACCAAGCUAUAACCAUGGACUGGAGUAUCAGUAUAACUUUCAUAACACAGACAAUCUGUACCGACAUCUCCAGAAAUGUUCAUAGUGUGGUUCUGUCUGAUAUAUAUUUUAUUUAAAACUUCUACAUGUUAAUGCUACACUAUCUCUAGUCAUAAAGGCAUAUUUCUCAUCUGUGAAGUAUGGCGCAUUAAAUAUGCUUUGUAGAUAAUCGAGUGCCAUAAUCAGCAAACGGCUGAGCGAUUUUUGAUUGUAAAG